AUGGAUGAAGAUUUUACACUAGUUCAUAAUACUAAUUAUGAUGAUAUACUUCAAAAAAAAAUAAAAGGCAUUGAAAAAAAAUGUGAAGAAUUAAAAAAAGAUACAUGCAAGGAUGAUGUAUUGAAAGAAAUAAAUGAAUUAAUUGAUCAAGCCAUAAAAUUAAAAGAGAAUGUGUCUAAUAUUUAUUUUCAAUAUCUAAAAACAAGUUCGAUUAUAAUUUAUGAAAAGAAACUAAAAGAUUUAAUUAAAGACAUUGAAACAUUAAAACAAUCCAGUAUAAAAAAUAAAAAUGAAAAAGCAUAUACUCCUAAUGAAUUUAAUUAUGAUGAUAAUUUCCUCCUACCUGAUGAUGAUUAUUUAUUUAAAGAAAAGGAAGAAGUACAAGUAAAUGAAAAUAUGAUUGAUCUAAGCCAAUAUAAUAUGUCUUUUCAAAAUAUGGAAAAUAAAAGAAUAAUAAAAGGAUUUGGAGAAACGGGAUGUUCUAAUUUAUUACUGGAUAAUUUAGUUAAUUGUGAAAUUAUUAUACUUGAUAUAUUAAGCUCUGUGUUAAUACAGAAAAUUAAACAAUGCACAAUCUGGGUUUCAGCUGUCGAGUCAUCUCUAAUGAUUUCUAAUUGUCAAGACUGCAAUAUUUUAUCAAAUUCUAAGCAAAUAAGAAUACAUGACGCUAUUAAUACCAAUUUUUAUAUUAAUACCAUCAGUAAUCCAAUUAUCGAGAAUUCCACAAAACUUAUUUUCCAUAAAUAUAACUUAAUCUUUGAUGAACUAUCCGAAUUAUUACAAAAAAUUAAUAUAAACAAAGAUUCAACCAAAUGGAUGGAAAUAAUGGAUUUUAAUUGGCAAAAUACACAGGAAAAAUCUCCAAAUUUUUGUAUAAAUACAGAGAUACAAAUAUAUAACAUAAAAAUAAAAUAUAUAAAAAAAUUUAAUGGUCUUCAUCAAGAAAAAUUAACACAUGAUAACUAUGUAGUAGAAAAUUUCCCACCUUUUCUAAAAAAAAUAAAUUAA